CGGAGGCCCAGGUGCGACGUCGCCCGCGGUGUCCGUUGCGCUGGCGCGGGGGAUGCGGCCCCCGCCUUCGCGGUGGCGGUGACGACACGCGCGCGCGGGGUCGCUGAGGCGGCGCUCGGAGGCCAUGGACGGCGGGGUCGCCGCGCCGGCGGGUGAAGAAGACUGGAAGUGCCUGGGAUGUGGCAAUAGCAUUGCAACUGGUCAACGCCUCUUCAAGACUGUUAAUGAAACUUGGCACAUUUCCUGUUUCCGCUGUUCUGAGUGCCAGGACCUCCUCACCAACUGGUACUACGAGAAGGAUGCCAAGCUGUACUGCCCCAAGGACUAUUGGCGGAAGUUUGGAGAGUCUUGCCACGGCUGCUCGCUGCUGAUGACGGGGCCCGUCAUGGUGGCUGGGGAAUACAAGUACCACCCAGAAUGCUUUGUGUGUAUGAGAUGUAAAGUGAUCAUCGAAGAUGGUGACACGUACGCCUUGGUGCAGCACUCGGCUCUUUACUGUGGCAAAUGUCAUAACCAGUUUGUGCUGACACCAAUGAUAGAAAGGCUGUCGACAGAGUCGCUGUGUGAACAGCUGCCGUACACUCUGACUCUCAUCUCUAUGCCUGCGGCCGCUGAUGGCAAAAGGGGGUUCACUGUGGCUGUGGAAGGGGGCUGCUCACCCUAUGCUGCUACUGUCGAAGUGAAAGAAGUCGACCGAACGCACAUAAGCCCUGAUGUCCAAAAUGCCAUUCACUCCGGAGACAAGAUCUUGGAGAUCAAUGGAAACCCAGUGCGCACACUCCAAACCGAAGAGGUCAAGGAACUGAUUCACAAGACAAAUCAAACUCUUCAGCUGUUAAUUGAGCACGACCCAGUCUCCCAGCGCUUGGACCGGUUGCGUCUGGACUCUCGGCUGUCUGGGUGCAAUAAAAAGUCCUCAUCCUGCUCUAUUUCUGCCCUGGAGCUCAAGGAGAAUCUGGAAGGAACGCUGCGCCGUCGCUCCCUCAGGCGAAGCAACAGCAUUUCCAAGUCCCCUGGUCCCAGCUCCCCCAAGGAACCGCUCAUCCUGAGCCGCGAUAUCAGUCGUUCAGAAUCACUUCGCUCCUCAACCAGCUGUUCCCAGCAGAUCUUCCGCCCCUGUGACCUGAUCCAUGGGGAGGUGCUGGGCAAAGGUUUCUUUGGCCAAGCAAUCAAGGUGACUCAUAAAGCCACGGGAAAGGUGAUGGUGAUGAAGGAAUUGAUUCGCUGUGAUGAAGAAACGCAGAAGACCUUCCUCACGGAGGUGAAGGUGAUGCGCAGCUUAGAGCAUCCCAAUGUCCUGAAGUUCAUCGGGGUGUUGUACAAGGACAAGAAGUUGAAUCUUCUCACAGAGUACAUUGAAGGGGGGACUCUGAAGGACUUCCUCCGAAAUGUGGACCCAUUUCCCUGGGAACAGAAGGUCAGCUUUGCCAAAGGAAUUGCCUCUGGAAUGGCUUACCUGCACUCCAUGCGCAUCAUCCACCGAGAUCUGAACUCCCACAACUGCCUGAUCAAACUGGACAACACGGUGGUGGUCGCUGACUUUGGCCUCUCCCGGCUCAUCGUGGAGGAGAGGAAGAAGCCCUCCCUGGAGAAGCCGCUGGCCAAGAAGCGCACCCUGCGCAAGAGCGACCGGAGAAAGCGCUACACAGUGGUCGGGAACCCCUACUGGAUGGCCCCCGAGAUGCUAAAUGGGCAGAGCUACGACGAGACGGUCGAUGUCUUCUCCUUUGGGAUUGUGCUCUGCGAGAUCAUAGGACAAGUGUAUGCGGAUCCAGACUGCCUCCCGCGCACCCUGGACUUCGGCCUCAACGUGAAGCUGUUCUGGGAAAAGUUUGUUCCUGUGGACUGUCCCCCUGCCUUUUUCCCCCUGGCAGCCAUCUGCUGCAGGCUGGAGCCAGAGAGCAGGCCCCCGUUUUCCAAACUGGAGGAUUCUUUUGAGGCCCUUUCUUUGUACCUGGGAGAACUGGGCAUCCCUCUCCCUUCUGAACUGGAGGAACUGGACCAUAGCGUGAGCAUGCAGUUCGGCCUGAUUCGGGACAAGCUGCCUGGCAGCCUCACAUAGGCCCCCGCCCCCACCCACCCCCCGCCAUCACUGUGCGUCUUCUUGCCACGGAUGUCCUGGCGGCAGCAAAAAGAACUCCGUUCCAGCCCUUUGGAAGACAACAGGAGGGCACCUUCCGCCUCGUUGCUACAACUCCAGCACCUGCACCUCCCGUGGACUUGCGGCACUUCCCGAAAGCAUCGUCCUUUCCUUCAUGCCACUUGCUUCUUAAGACGGAUGCUCUAGCUUUGGAAACAGUUCCUGAGCGUCUGGGUGCGGGCCUGCCUUCCGACUCAAUACACUACAGGUUGUGAAGCCUCCUGGUUGUGCUCACAUAGCAGGGGCAGAGCCGGGAUGCAGCCCCGGGGCUCCUUGCUCCGCCAGACCAGGCAACGGGAGGGCGACCUCGAUGCCUUGCACACCCCUGUACGGAUGGGGCUGUUGGAGUUUGCACAGCUUGUCUCACAGGGACAGCUCUAAACCAUGAUCUCUCCGGCCAAAGAAAUGCCCCUGCGCUACAUGGAUAGGGCGGGGCAGUUCAUCUGCCUACCCCGUUGAGCAAAGCAGCUGCGGCACGUGAGUCGUAGGGCCGUAGACACGGGGUGGGGGCUGGCUUCCUCUUAGGCAAUCAGCAGCUUCUCCGUUUGGGGGAGGGCCUGGUCCACUGGGAGAUGGUUGAGAUGGAUCUCUGGAAGGAAGUGCUUAUACUCCUGAGACUGUAUGUAGCUGACCAGGAGUAGAGCUAUCAACCUGGGCCACAGAUCCGAAAGACUGGCUCAUCAUUAAGAGUCACUACCUCUGUCCUCCAUUUCAGGCCUCUCCCCUUUCAGAAAAAGAAACACUUGGCUUGGAGCCAUCUUUUCCCACAUUCUUCCAGAUGUAGAGGGGAAGCUGCGCUGGCUGCAUCUCUCCCCUCUGCAAAAUAUAUUAAGAGCUACUUAAGGGUUGGCAACACGUGGACCACCAGAUAUGGAACAGCUCCCAGCGGCUCUGGCCAAAUGUCUAGGAGUGAGGAAUGCUGGGAGUUGUAGUUCAGUGGUAUCUAGAGGGUCUCCAAUCCCCCUCGCACACUACCGAAACUCAAAAUGUGGGAGCCAUGGUAGGUAUGGGCAAUUGCUCCAGAUCCAGUGCAUUUAGACCAGAUUUUGUUCCCUCCUCCCUAAAAGGUGUGUGCAUGUGCGCGCUAUAAAUGGGCUAGCUACAGGAAGGAGAAACCUGGGUCAUGUGUUCAAGAGAUUCCACAACACACUCCUGUAAUUGCAUGGUGAUUUUUUUGUCUAAAUUAAAAGCAAUACACUCUGUUCUACAAAGACGAAAAUAGAUGGCAGUUGUUGAAGCAAAGUUGGGAGCUGGCCACCCACAGGCAUUCCAGUGGGUCUGGCCCAUUUCCUGCCCUGGGGUGACAGUUCCUACGUUGCAAAGGACAAGGGCACCAAACUCCUCCAGUGCGCCUGCAACACAACUCUGGAGUUUGUCACUGUGUUGCCAGUGCUUGUGCCAGGCAGAUGUACUUGCUCUC